AUGGUAACCGAUAUUUUAACAACUUCGCCAACAGCGACAACAACAACUACUCAACUAUUUAUUGAUAAUAAUCUAGCAGAUGAUGCUCGUGAUACUAUUAAUAAUUUUUCUAUCGAAAAACUUUCUACAGAUAAUAAGAUAAUUGCUGGUGCAGCAGUCGUAGCAACAUUUUUACUUUUAUUUACUAUCGGAACUUUGAUUUAUUAUUGUUUAAGAAGCCGAGCUCGCCGAAUAGCAUUGCGAAGAGGAGAAAUAUUAGAAAUAAGUAAUCCAAUAUCUCCUAUUUCGCCGGGCAUGAGAAGGAGAAAAUAA